GGCCGCGAGAGGGCGCGGCGAGCGGCUGCCGUGCGGGCCCAGGUCGUCGCCCAGGCCCGCUACGAGGCUCUCGGAGGGUCCCGGAUCGGAGGGAGCGCGGAGGGCACGCGCGCCAUGAACCCGAAGGCGGGCGGUGAGGAAGAGGACUGCAUAGACUCUGGCGCCGAGACCGGAGGGUCCGACUACAGCCAUCUGUCCUCCGCUAGCAGUGAGCUUUCUGUGGAGGAGGCACAGGACCCUUUCCUGGUGAGCAUCCAUAUCAUCGCAGACCCAGGGGAGUCACAGCCACUUCAGGAGGCCAUCGACAAGGUUUUGGCGUGGGUUCACCCUGACCUCCCACUGUUUCGAGUGUCUGAGCGGCGCACAAUCAGGCGAAGGCGGAAGACUCCCAAGAGUGCACAGCCGGCGCUGGCGGUGGUGCUGUUCCUGCAGGAGGAGUAUGGAGAGGAGCAGAUCCUACAAGUGCACAGGGUGCUGCAGCGGCCGCCCUGGCGCCACCACCACACAGAGCGAGUGCAUGGCCGCUUCAUACCCUACCUGCCUUGCAGUCAGGACUUCUUUACUCUGGCUCCCGGGACCCCACUGUGGGCAAUCAGGCCGGUGCACUAUGGCAAGGAAAUCGUGCGUUUCACCAUCUACUGUCGCCAUAACAGCUACGCUGACAGCCUCCGAUUCUAUGAGCUGAUCUUGCGCCGGAGCCCCAGCCAACGAAAAGCAGACUUCUGCAUAUUUCCCAUCUUCUCCAAUCUGGAUGUGGACAUCCAGUUCUCCCUGAAAAGACUACCCUGCGACCAGAAGCCAGUGCCCACCGACUCCUCCGUGCUGGAGUUCCGAGUGAAGGACAUCGGGCAACUGGUACCCCUCCUUCCGAACCCCUGCAGCCCCAUCAGCGAGGGGCGCUGGCAGACUGAGGACCACGAUGGCAACAAGAUCCUUCUGCAGGCACAGAGGACACACAAAAAGGUCCCUAAGUGCAGCCGAGAGCAUCACUCCUCUGAGAAGAAGCCUCGUUCUGCUCCUCCUACAGCCAUCGACACACCAAUCACAGGACAGGGCAGCAGCCAGACAGCCCUACAUGACAGCCCAUCCAACCAGAUGGCCCUGCUUCCUGGGAGCAAACAGGAGUAUAGCCCACAGUUGAGCACCUCCAGCCCAGCCUGGUCUUUCCAGAGAAGCAAGUCUUUGUUUUGUUUGCCCAGUGGAGGCCCCUCCCCAACUGAACCACAGCCACUACCGACUCACUCCCAGAGACACAGUGCAUCAGAGUGGAAGCCCAGCCGCCUCAUGUCCAUUGAUGACUUAGAGGGGACCCAAGAGACAGAUGUGGACACGGGCCUGCGGCUGUCCUCCUCAGACCUGUCUGUGGUCUCUGCAUAUUCUGCCCCCAGUAGGUUUUGCAACACAGUAGAGGUAUCUAUCUCCUCUGAGAGAUGUAGCAGCCACUGGCCAGCACAGAAGAGUCCCAAGAAAGGACCACUGCCUGCUGCCAGUGAGGUGAGCCCAGAAACAGCCUGUGUUCCCCACCCUCUCUUCACCAAAGGGUCCCCCAGCCCUGCAGAAAUGACUACUACUGGCCUCUCGGCUUCUGGUGCCUCCUUGCUCACAAAGUCAUCCACACCCCCGCCAUGUCAUGACCCCAAAGCCACACAGGGUGUCCAAGACAUGCUACUGCCUCCAACAACUAUUGGUCCUGAGGCUGAAGACAUGGAGGAGUUCUACAUCUGAGCACAUCUUGGCUUUCAGACAGACUCAGUCACAGAAACCCGGGUACCAUUGUGCCUGGCUCUUUGUUCACAGGGUGCUCUCAGUCAUUUGCCAGCUGACUAGAACUUUUAUCUGUCUUAGGAGACUGUUAGCAUGUUGAUCAUGCUACCUAUCCUUAGCUGACAGGUGCCAUAUUUCCAGAGAUUCAGAAAAGAGAGAAAGAAAGAAAGAAAGAAAGAAAGAAAGAAAGAAAGAAAGAAAGAAAGAAAGAGAGGAAGGAAGAAAGAAAACACCUAACAUUUUUAUGGAAAUAAAUUUUCAACACACUUAAAUCAUAAAAAUCUAUUUUUGAAUGCUCAAUUCUACAAUUUAAUGCUUCACAUAAUUAUUUGAAAUGAAAAAGAAAACAUAGCCAGAGCUGACUUCACAAUUGUUCAUAUUCUGAAAGUAAAAUAACUAAGGCCAAAAUGUUGAACGAUGAAAGGCCAUCCAGUGACUGGUCCAGCGUCAGUGUGCAGUACAGAAUGCAUGCCUUCCUGAUGCCCACAGUCACACAGGGACCCAGGACCCUAGAAUCCAGAAGUGCUGCUUCCAGUGGCUGCUUCAUAGGACAGCCAUCAACCUACAGCAGACAGCAGAACACCUUGCUUUGAAGCCAUUCAACACUUGAAAAUCUGGGCCUACAUACAACUGACUAACACGCCUUAUAAAGACUUAGCAUGAGUAACCAAUGCCUUGCACACUUACAAAAUACUCUGAGUAUGAAACCUAGUUUUGCACACUCUUCCUCAGCCGACUCAUGUUGGUAAGUAAGCCUGCAGACUGUCCCCUCUGGACUGAUUUGUGUAAGAGAACUCGUUGCCUGCAGUUACAAAUAACAAGUUAUGUGAGGUGUGCUGGGAAAAUGUCUGUGAGAUUCUCUGACUUUAAAAAGCACACAUUUUAAAAAGGGCUACAUAUAUCUCUCUAUAAAUGACCAGAGCCAUCUUCUGUAUUUUGUAGCACUGUCUACAGUAAACAGUUAAAAUGUUUGGGACAUUUUUGGCUGUCCUUUUGACUGUCCAUGUGAGCCAGCGCCCCAUACCCCAAAGUAAGAAAGUGUGCAAUGCUGCCCCACAGGGCCAGCCUCCAGGGAGUGUGCUGCAGCCACACCAGCUUUCCCCAUCUGUUGCUGCCGCAGUGUGAAAGGUGACUGGACCUCCUGGUUAAGGCUAUGUUUACAACCCCAAACCUCACCGAAUGCCAACUUCUGGCAAUGCCAAAUUAUCCCCAGGCUCUGUUUAUCCUUGGGAAAGAAAGGCAUGGGUGUAAACUGUUCCCUGCCCAGCGUGGUGCUUCUUGCCCCCUCUCUGGAAAGGCCCACUCUAGCUCAGAGGCAACCUUGGAGCCGUUCCAGCACUGCCUUCAAGCUCUCUUACCCAUCACUGUCCAUCAGCCUCGGGUUCAUCAUCCUCACAAGGAAACCCUGGGGCUCUGACUUGCCUCAAACACUUUGGACUUCCCAGGACUCUGGGUUCUACUCCAGUGUAAAUAAAUAAAAACAUGAUAUCUUCUGAUUCCAGAUCAGAAUUAAGUCAACUUCUGAAAAGGGCUAAAGGAUAAAUAUUUUAAAGUUUGUCAAAUCAUGUUUUAAACUUUAUCCAAAUGUGUUGCUAUCGCUUCUA